UAUCUGUGAGUAAUCAAAAUGGCUGUCAUACAACGAUUUCCGUUUUGUGACUACGUUGUAAUGUUAUUCGUUAAAUUAUUAUUUCUUUUUAAAAUUCAUGGAUGAAACUAAGGAAUAUGAAUCGUCAUUUUAUGUAGAAACAUAUUUUUUUCAAAUUUUCGUAUUAUAUUUAUAUAAGAUUUAAUCUUUAUCGUAUUUCCAGGGCGUUCGUUUUAGCGAGGGGUGUAGAUGAAAGACGGGGAGGGAGGAGCGCGCGCGCGUUGCACGACGGGAUGGUAGACGGGAGGACGGUCGGGGAGGGCGAAAGAACGAGUCGAGUUCACAAAAUGGCGGCCAAGCUCAGGCCCGUGACCAUAUAGUACGUGAAAAUUCGAUAAUUUUGCACGAUGUCGCGACUUUAUGCAUUAAUAAUCGUUUAAUAUUACGAAUACGUGUAUACGCGGCAGUUCAAUUAUUAAAUUAACGUGAUUUUGUGCGUGGUGCGUGUAAUAUCGAGAUAUCGGUGCGACGCGCAGACGGAACGAUGCAGAAAACAUUAGACUCUGAGUCUGGUAAAGAAUCUGGAUCUGAUUCUGAAAAUGAAAGUAAGAGUGAUAGCUCUUCUUCAGGAAGCAAUACUGGAUCUGGCUCUGGAUCAGAAAGUGACUCUAGCUCCUCAAGUGGUUCCGGGUCUGGAUCAGGUUCUGAUUCUGAUAAAUCAGAGAAGUCGGAUGCACCUGCACAAAGUGAUAGCUUCCAGAGCAAAAGUUCAAAUCACAGCACAGAAACAAAAGUUAGGCUUAAGAAUGAGUCUAGUCGCGAGUGGGAUGAAAAUCCUGACAUUUAUGGAAUCAGGAGAUCUGGCCGUUCUAGGAAAGAGCCUGAAAGGCUUGCUACACAACGUGAAAGCGAUAGCGAUAGUCGCAAGAAAUUUAAAAAAAAGGGUUCACAUAAUUCAUGGAACUCGGAAAGUUCAGAUUCUGAAUCUGAUGAUGAUGAAAGUAGAAGACCUCCACCUAGUAAAUCGUUAAAUAGACGCGCCGCACAGAAAGCAAAAGAGAAAGCAAGGGUACGAAAGAAACAUAUUUCAGAAUCAUCUGACAAUUCUUCAUUUGACAGUGAUGAUAAUAGAAGACAAGUUACAAGAAGAACCGGAACUGCAAUUAGUUAUAAAGAAGAAAGUGAAGAAAGAACUGAUAGUGAAGAUCUUGUAGAAGUUGAUGAAGGUAGUACUGCAAAUGCAGAACCGGAUAAUGCAGAAACAAUUGAACGAAUUUUGGGACAAAGAUCUGGUAAAAAAGGAGUUACAGGAAAUGUUACAACAAUUUAUGCUGUAGAAGAAAAUGGAGACCCAAAUCCGGACAAUUUGUCUAAUGAUGAAACUGAAUUACAGUAUUUAAUAAAAUGGAAAGGAUGGUCUCACAUACAUAAUACAUGGGAAUCAGAAGAAUCUUUAAAAGCACAAAAAGUAAAAGGAUUGAAGAAAUUAGAUAAUUUUAUUAAACGAGAACGGGAAAUUCAACAAUGGAGAGAUUAUGCUGGACCUGAAGAUAUAGAUUAUUUUGAAUGUCAAUUAGAACUUCAACAAGACCUUCUAAAAAGUUAUAAUAAUGUCGAAAGAAUUAUUGCUGAAUAUAAUAAACCUGAUUCCGAACAUCCGGAUUAUUAUUGUAAAUGGGAAAGUUUACCCUAUGCUGAUGCUACAUGGGAAGAUGGAGCACUUAUUGUCAAAAAAUGGCCAGAAAAAAUAAAAGAAUUUCGUGAAAGAGAAGAAUCAAAAAGAACACCAAGUAAACACUGUAAGGUUCUUAAAUCAAGACCUAAAUUUCACCAAUUAAAAGGACAACCAGAAUAUAUGGGUAAAGGUCGAGAUUUAACUCUUAGAGAUUACCAAAUGGAUGGAUUGAAUUGGAUGAUCCAUUCGUGGUGCAAAGAAAAUAGUGUUAUUUUAGCAGAUGAAAUGGGUCUUGGUAAAACUAUACAAACAAUAUGCUUCCUUUAUUAUUUAUUCCAUACGCAUCAACUUUAUGGGCCAUUUUUAUUAGUAGUUCCUCUUUCAACAAUGACUUCCUGGCAAAGAGAAAUGUCACAAUGGGCACCAGAUAUAAAUUUCGUUACAUAUUUGGGUGAUGUUACUUCCCGCAAUGUUAUUAGAGAGUACGAAUGGUGUUACAGUUCAAAGAGAUUAAAAUUUAAUGCCAUACUUACGACGUACGAAAUAGUACUUAAAGAUAAAGCAUUUUUGGGUGCCUUAAAUUGGGCCGUGUUGUUAGUAGACGAAGCACAUCGAUUAAAAAACGAUGAUUCACUCCUGUAUAAAGCACUCGCUGAAUUUCAUACGAAUCACCGCCUUUUAAUAACUGGUACUCCAUUACAAAACAGCUUAAAAGAAUUAUGGGCCUUACUACACUUCAUAAUGCCUGCUAAAUUUAAUUCAUGGGAAGAAUUCGAGAAAGAACAUGAUAAUGCGGCUCAAAAAGGAUAUUCCAAGUUACAUAAACAGCUAGAACCAUUUAUUUUGCGACGUGUUAAGAAAGACGUAGAAAAGUCUUUACCCGCUAAAGUAGAACAAAUCUUACGAGUUGAGAUGACAUCCUUGCAAAAACAAUAUUACAAAUGGAUAUUAACCAAAAAUUAUAACGCUUUACGAAAAGGUGUUAAAGGUUCUACUAUGACGUUCCUGAAUAUUGUUAUUGAAUUAAAGAAAUGCUGUAACCAUGCUUUUCUUACGAAACCUACUGAAAGUGAAAGAAGGGAUAGUAAUGAAGAUUAUUUACAACAAUUAAUUCGAGGUUCUGGCAAAUUAGUUCUUCUUGAUAAAUUAUUGGUGAGAUUACGUGAAACAGGUCAUAGGGUAUUAAUAUUUAGUCAAAUGGUCAGAAUGUUAGAUAUUCUUGGGGAGUAUCUACAAAAGAAACAUUUUCCAUUUCAAAGAUUAGAUGGAAGUAUAAAGGGAGAAUUACGAAAACAAGCAUUAGAUCAUUUUAAUGCAGAUGGAUCACAAGACUUUUGCUUUUUAUUAUCGACAAGAGCAGGUGGUCUUGGUAUUAACCUUGCCACUGCUGAUACUGUUAUUAUUUUUGAUUCAGAUUGGAAUCCCCAAAAUGAUUUACAAGCACAAGCUAGAGCACAUCGUAUUGGACAGAAAAAUCAGGUGAACAUAUAUCGAUUAGUAACAAAAAAUUCUGUAGAAGAGGAGAUAGUUGAAAGAGCAAAGCAAAAAAUGGUUCUAGAUCAUCUUGUAAUUCAACGGAUGGAUACAACUGGUCGAACAGUAUUAGAUAAAAAGAAUGCAGGGACCAAUAACAAUCCAUUUAACAAAGAAGAUUUAAAUGCUAUUUUAAAAUUUGGAGCUGAAGAUUUAUUUAAAGAUGAAGAAGAUGGAGAUGAAGAACCAACUUGCGAUAUUGAUGAAAUUCUGAGAAGAGCGGAAACGAGAGACGAAGGACCUUCAACGGUAGGGGAUGAAUUAUUGUCUGCAUUCAAAGUCGCUAGUUUUGCUGCAUUUGAAGAAGAAUCUGAACCAGUUAAUCAACCUAAUGAUAAUGAUGAUGAAAGUAAAGAUUGGGCCGAAAUUAUUCCAGAAAAUUUUAGGAAGAAAGUUGAAGAAGAAGAAAAAUCAAAAGAAAUGGAAGAUUUGUACUUACCUCCGAGAAGUCGAAAAACAUUACAGCAAAUUAAUCAAAGUGGUGAAGGCAGAGGAAGAAAACGAAAAAAGCUAUCUGCUGAUGAUAGUGAAGAAGGUGAAGAGACUGGAAGUGAGGCUGAAGGUAGUGAUGAUGAACGUCCUAAAAAAAGAGGUAGACCAAGAGUUACUCCUCGGGAAAACAUAAAAAGUUUCACUGAUGCAGAGAUAAGAAGAUUUGUUAAAAGUUAUAAAAAAUUUCCUGCACCAUUGAAACGAUUAGAUGACAUUGCGGCAGAUGCAGAAUUACAAGAAAAGCCAAUGUCAGAAUUACGUUUCUUGGGAGAUCAAUUAAGAGCUAGAUGUGACGCAUGUAUAUCUGAAUUUGAAAGUACCGCGAAAGAAAAUAAGGGUGAGGAGGAGGGUAAAGGUCCUGGUCGUAAGAGAGGCAGGGGUCCUACAUUUAAAAUUGGUGGGGUUAUGGUUAACGCAAAAUCUUUCUCAGCUGCUGUGAAAGAACUAGAACCUUUAGAACAAGCUUUGCCCUCGGAUUCGGAACAACGAUCUAAUUGGCACAUUGAUCUUAAACUAAAACCGGCAAAUUUCGAUUGCGAUUGGAACUCUGAAGAUGAUUCUAGACUUUUAAGAGGUAUAUAUCAACAUGGCAUGGGUUCAUGGGAAGCCAUAAAAAUGGAUAAUAAUUUAAAGCUUGGCGAUAAGCUUCUUCCAAAUGGUAGUAAACUCCAAUUAAAAAAAAUAAAUGCUCGAGCCGAAUAUUUGUUGAAAGUACUCAAGAAACAAAUUGAUUCUAAACUAGGAGUGACUAAAGCUAGAAAACCAAGAAAACCGAAAGAAGUAAAAACUGCAAUUACAAAAGAAAUUAUAGAAGAAAAUGAUAGUUCAGGAGAAGAGAGUAAUAAAUCUAAACUCAAAGUUGAAAAGCUACCUACAAAGAAAGAAGAUGAAAUUGUUGUAAAGAAAGAAACAAAGGAAGAAGUUGAAGAUAUAGUAGAAGAAAAAAAGAAAGAAAAGAAAACUAAAAAGGAGAAAAAAGAAAAUAAGAAGGCUAAAAAAACAAAACAAGCAGCGGGUCCGAUGCAUUUUACUGCUAACAAUGAACCAAGAGCGCUUGAUGUUCUUGGAGAUUUAGAUCCUUCUAUAUUUAACGAGUGUAAAGAAAAGAUGAGACCAGUAAAGAAGGCACUUAAGGCUUUGGAUAGGCCUGAUCAAUCUUUAAGCGAAACAGAACAAGUCGCUCACACGAGACAGUGUCUUGUACAAAUUGGAAACCAAAUUAAUACUUGUUUAGAAGAAUACAGAGAUCCUGAACAAAUUAAAGAGUGGAGAAGUAAUUUAUGGUAUUUUGUAUCUAAAUUUACAGAAUUCGAUGCAAAGAAACUUUAUAAAUUGUAUAAACAUGCGACGAAAAAGGGAUGUGAAAGUAAUACAAGUGCUACAUCUAGCCCAGAAAAAAAAGAAGAAUCAAGUAAUGUGAAGAAGUACACCGAAAAACAUAUCGAUAAACAAGUAGAAAGUAUUAAAGAUAGUAGAUUACAAAAACGUAGAGUUGAGGAUAUGGAAGAAAAUUCAAAUAGUAGCAGUACACCGAGUAAGAAACAUCUCUCGGCUAUAUCUGCUGUGAACAGUAUCAGCAAUACAUCUACGGUUACUAUUGGUGCUAUCACUAUUACUCCUAUUACAUCAACUCCAAAUUCUACUUCAAGUACCACCAAUAGUGUGGACACACCGCGACACAAAGAAAAAGAGUCAAAACAUAAGGACAUGAAAAGAGAUAGAGAACGUGAUAGAGAUAGAGAUAGAACUCAUAGUGAUAGAAGUAUGGACAGAAUGAGUGGAAGCAAAGAUGAGAGAAUUAGGAGAGAUAGUGGUGGAUAUAGUAUAAGCGGACACUAUAGUGGAAGCAGAGAAGAUGAUCAUUGGUUACCCCGUGAUGGAAGAGAUAUGCGAGAUGGAAGAUUUGGGGACCAUAAACGUGAUCGUUUUGACUCUUAUGGACGAAUGUCUAGUGGAUAUCAUCGUGAUAGAGAUCGAGAUCGCGAUCGCAACAUGCAUAUGAAUGAUAAGCGAAGUGAUUAUUACAGGUAUCCGUCGGGACCACCCAGUUACGGAUAUGGUCCAGGAGGAUAUGGAGGUGGAGGCGGCGGUGGUUAUCCUCCAUCUGAUAUUCCUCCGAGCCACUUUAGAGGUCGUGGUUAUCCUGGAGAUAGUUAUCCUAGCGAUUGGCGACCAAACAAAGAUUAUAGACGAGAUUAUGAUAGAAGACCACCUCCGCCAAAUGCUAACUCCUAGUGCUCCUUCCUUGUUACCGUUCUUGAAUGUGUUGUUGAGCGGCUGUAAUUCCGAUGGAGCCUUGUGUUGUUUUACCUGACUGGGCAUUGUACACGAUGCUCCCUUACACAUGGCUAUAUAUGAAAUACUUUACACAGUUUAAUCUGUGAUUUAGUACCACUCGUGACUUGUAUCUAUGUAUAAAAUUUAU